AUGGAUGAAAGUGAAGAUGUGCCAAAAGAUUUUAUCAAGCUCAAGUCUGAGAAGCUCUCUGUAGAUGAAGUGUCAGAGCUGGUCAUUUCACCAUAUUGUGGGGCAGUGUCUCUGUUCGUUGGUACUACAAGAAAUAAUUUUGAAGGGAAAAAAGUGAUUUGCUUAGAAUAUGAAGCAUAUACUUCAAUGGCAGAGAUGGAAAUAAAGAAAAUCUGCAGAGAUAUUAGACAGAAGUGGCUGUCCAUCAAACAUAUUGCGGUGCACCACAGACUUGGUGUGGUUCCAAUAACUGAAGCAAGUGUAAUUAUUGCGGUCUCCUCACCACACAGAGCAGAAUCCCUUGAAGCUGUAACAUACUGCAUCAAUACCUUAAAAGCAUCUGUCCCAAUAUGGAAAAAGGAGAUUUACGAGGAUGAAUAUUCUUGGAAAGAAAACAAGGAAUGCUUUUGGGUGAAUUCAGAAAAAUAAUUGCUCUCUUUUAAAAAUAAAGUGCUACUCUUCCUAAUAAGCACACCAGUUAGUUUUGAGUUGUUUUUUUUACAGAGAAUCUAUAUGGUUUUAAGUAGUUGUGGGCAUUUUGAGAUGAAUAAUUUAAUUAGGACUGAAUGAAAUUAAUUAAUUUAAAGCAAUCUUCCCUAAAAUUAUCGGUGGCAAAGCAUUCAGUCCGCUCUGAUACAACCUGUUUUAAUGCAUUUAAUACACUGGUACUCAGCUGCUAUUUCACUGUCUGCAUGGGAGGUCAUAACAGGACAAUUGGGCAUUGUUUUAAUCUCAGAAAGUCUAGUAGGUUUU